CCUCCUCGGCUCGGUGAUGUCACAUCUCGUUAACGCCAUUUUUGUUGGGGAGCAGCAGUCGUGUCCAGAGAAGAAGGAGGAGGAUUAGCUUCAAGCACAGGUACAUGAACCCGCCGUGCCUCGUCUAUUCGUCUCUUUGAAAUCGUCCCGGCGGAACGUGACACCUGCUCUCUCUCUCUCUCGCGCAACAAUGUCGACGGAGCACCUGGACUCGGACACUCAGGUGGACUACGAGGACGAAAAACAGGACUCCCAGGAGAAGAAUGCGAACCCGGUGAAAGCAGAGGAGGCCAAGCUGAAGGCCAAGUACCCCGGCCUGGGCCAGAAGCCCGGCGGCUCAGACUUCUUGAUGAAGAGACUACAGAAAGGGCAAAAGUACUUCGACUCGGGCGACUACAACAUGGCCAAGGCCAAGAUGAAGAACAAGCAGCUUCCCGUGGCAGGGCCCGACAAGAACCUGGUGACCGGCGACCACAUUCCCACGCCACAGGACCUGCCCCAGAGGAAGUCCUCCUUGGUGACGAGCAAGCUAGCCGGCUAGCCUCCACCAUCCGAGAAGCACCCUCGCGCCCCUCUCCUGGGGCUCCCGGCAAACGUCCCUCCUCCUCCUCCUCCUCCUCUUCCUCCUUCUCCUCCUCACCCAUGUCCCCAAUAUGUCCCCUCCCUCCCUCUCUUCCCUUGUCAUCCCCAGGCACCACUGGCUUUAACAUGUCGGGCAGAGUUGUAUAAGUUAAAAAAAACUACAUUUGCUUGUAUGUGGGUGGAGCGGGGGUGGGAAGGGACGGAGGUUUUUAGGGGCGACCCGCGAGGUCACCGCCUUCUCUGCCUUCUCACCACGCACAGCUCUGCCCCUCCCUCCCUCCCUGCGCACUCUGCUCUACCGCCUCCCUUAUGUCUUGGUUUUUCGGUGUUCCAAGAUGCAUCACAGUAGGUGUGUGUCAUCGUGGCAGGGGUUGGAUGGGGUGAGUUAAUGCACUUUGUAGUCUGUAUAGUACGCUUUGUUUUGUUUUUUUGCAUCCGAAUGACACCAAAAUAAUGUGUGAGGGAGUUAGGAACCAUGAUCGCAGUGCGCUGUUUGAUUCUUUCUUUAUGUUCCCUAUCGAUGCUGGUGGCUGGCUUCGGCGGGAGGGGUGGGAAGACGUAUGUGAAGAAUCGCUUGCAUACCAAAUGUGUGGGGGCGGCUGCCUGGCGAGUUGUUUAGCAGUCACAGACAUCAGAUGGGGGAAGUGAACGGAGGCUUCCUUUCGUCUCGUCCUUUUUGUCGAACAAAAAACCCGACGUCAUCCACUGCCGCUCGGGGAUUCGAACCGCCGCUCUUUCCGCUCAUGUCGCUUUAAUUCUCGACCCCCUUCGCUCCUGUUCUCUCUAAAUAUGCUGCAUGAUUGUAACAUGUAACAAAAUUUAAAAAAAAAAAAAAGAAGUUUAACAUGUUUUCUAAAACGGGAGAGGGGCAUCUGCUUAGUGAUAGGAGGAAUCAAAACAAACACACCAAGCCCUGAAAAACGUCCACACUCACACUUCCUUCCCUCCUUUCCUGUUUGCUGUCCUGACAAUCCAUGUACACACACACACACAGACACACACACACACACACACACAUAUGCUCCAGUUAGGGGCCCAGGGCAAGAGCCAGCUGAGUAUAUCCUUGUAUUAUUUUUAAUGGCUGGGAACUCGGCCAAUCUCUGAGUUUAGUCUUAGUUUGGUUGAUGUUGAGUCGCGUCGAGACGUGUGUUUACUAUGAGCCUAAAAGAUUUGUGGGGUGGGAUUGAAGCACCCCGCGUAGAGUAUAUGCUUCUGUAAAUAAUACUCAAACGAGCACGUAAUUCGUGAUAAGCUUGGCGCUUUGAGGACCAGAGCAGCGAACAUGCUCGAGAGAGAAACGGCAGUGCUGAAUCGACUCGCUCGGGAUUACAUUCUGGGAUUUUCUGGCUUGGAAGUCGUGCGCGCUUUUAGUAACCGAGCCAAAUGUCACACUGUGGCUAUCAGGGCUCAGAGACUGCGGGGACGCUUGUCUUUCCGAUGUGACUGUUAACCAUCGAAUCAUCUGGCUCACGUUGCGACGCGAUAAGCUGCGAUUUGACCGCCGUCCCAGACAUCUCACCUCCCGGCACAUCUUCAGAACACAGAUCCAGACGCCGCUAUAGCAUCUCAGUGUCACACUGUGACCAAUCACAUUGAAAAGACAAAAGCAGCCACAGUCAUAGCCUUCAUAGUCGUGCCUCUUCAUGACACGUGCAGUGCAAUUAUUCAGACGUUUGGGACCGGAGAAGAAUUCUUCUUCUAGCUGCUUGUUUAAAAAGAACAUUGAUUUCUCAUGUUUUUGUGGGAGGUUGUUUGUUUUCUCAAACACUUUCAGAAUAUCAGUCAGACGUAGUGGUUCCCUCGACAUGUCGCCCUCUUAAACACUAACUUUAGUAAAAGAAUACUACGACCUGAGCUGGAGUAUAGAUCUGCUUCUACUCCCAGUGCCCUAUAGAGCAACCUUUAAUUUCUUCAGCAGACUGACUCACUACACAGACUGACCUUUGAUCUCAGGGGUGUCGGAGGGUAAACAGCAGGCAACCUGAUAACCACAGGUGUCAGCCCAAGCUCCCAAGAUCGUCAUCACGGGCUUAAAGUGGGACACUGCGUGCCUGCAGGAUGCACUCACUCCCAACACUUGGCAAAGCAGAGAGAGAGAGAUUUUUAUAACACAUGGUGAGGGGGCAAAGUGUGAGCCUGCGCUCUGCUGCUCUCGUCUCCACCUGUUUGUUAAUGUGGUGGUGGUGGUGGUGGGGGCCUCAAAAGGCGCGAUCAACAGAAUCCGCAGACUUCUUUCGAAUGUCGGCACAUUGGAGAAUCUGAACUGGACGCCGGCGCUCGCUGAGAAUCAGCCUCCUUGUAUAAAACUGCUUCAGGGAACCUUCACAAACGCACACUCCACCAUGUAGGCUAAGUGAUAGGGUGCAUGCACCAUCACAUUCUCAACCUCACUUGUUUUGUUUUUUUGUUUUGUUUUUCUUCUUUUCAUUGAGACUUUAAAAAUGUGUCAAAUCUGCAGUGGGCGAGAGAGAACUGACCUGUAUGUGUGUGUGUGCUCGUUAUGGUGUCGUAUGAAUGCACUGCUUCUCUCUGUUCCAGCCAUUGUAAAUAGACUUCAACAGGAAAGGGAUCUUUGUGUUGUUUCCCACCUGCUUUUCACUCUUUUCAUAGCCCGAGCUAUUUUCUGAUUCAAUGGUUCCUCUCUCCUUUCAGUUUAACACUACUUCUGCUCUAUCGUAUUGAACUGCAGAGGCUAUGUGAAUCUGUAUCAUAUGAAAAUAUGUGUAAAUGCUGCUGAUUCAGUCAAAGACAAAUCUAAAGAGACGAUACCCUGGAAAGAACACCUGUCCUCUUGAUUCUACCUGUCCGACUCUCUUCUCCCGCGAGCGUCUCGAGUUGCAGAGCCGUCUGAGCUCCCGUGGCAAAGUCCAUUCAUUUGAGACGAUCGUAAACCUCCACUGCUAAAUUUAGAUGGCAAACAGUUUGAAUUGGAUCCGGCCAGAGCUCAAAAGAAAAGUCCGGAGCGCCACGUGAACUGACCAUUUGGCAUCGUUUUGUGUUGAAACGCACCACAGUUUCCUGUUUUUUUUUGUGUGUGUGUUUUAAAAAAAGAAAUGUAUGAAACAUCAGUGGACAGGAGUUCUCUCGAACGCUGCUUGAUGUUUGGGCUUUUUGCGUGAGGGUGUCAGAGAGGGCGUCUCUCAUCCAGCUACGAUGAACACGUGCCAGAAUGUAUAAAGAAACGACAGGCUGUGUGCUCUGAAGUACUUUUUGUGCUGCUUUUACCUUAAUCUUGUUUUUUCUUGUUGUUUUGCAACUAAAUGUUUCUUUUUUUCGUUUGUAUGUUUGAUUGAUUGAUUGAUUUUUCUUUUUUUUCUUGUGUUCUCUUAUUGCAUAAUUGAUAUAUUUCAUCCUGGCCCAAGAUAACUGCAGGGAAAUCAGAGGCACCCUUGCUUCCAAGGAAAAAAAAA